AUGGCCGGAGUAGCACCAACGCCUGCUGCCUUAAAUUUGAAUCUGGCCAACGUGGAACAGCAGAAACACCUAAUAGGUCGGCUCGGGGACGGGAUGUAUUCUGUGGUGGAAGCGACAAUCACAAUUGAGGAGUUCACUGGCGCACAAAAGCAAGCGCAAGACCUCAACUAUCAGCAGCCUGUCGAUAUAAUAGCUCGGAUGAUCGCACCCGAGCUACGAGCCACAAAGAUUUUCCAACAUCAGGCUGCGGCACCUAUCACUGACGAAUGUGAGAUCAUAGCAUACCUUGCGCGACAUGCCAAUACUAGUAUCAUGAACUUCUACCCUGGCAGCAAAUGGACGCAACCAGGUGCCGCCGUCGGUGGAGAGUUUUGGGUCGAUUUUGAAGUGGUUACUGGUGGCACCCUAACAGAGUUCGACCGACACCUGGGGAAGGAAAAAGACCCAGCCGACAAACGGGCACCAAUUGGUUUCUGCUGGCACAUAGCUGAGCAGCUCUUCUCCGCCCUUCUCCUCAUUCACUUCGAUGGCGGGAACAGAUCCAAAUACUAUCAUGGUGAUAUAAAGAAGAGCAAUAUCCUGCUCAGACCUUCGACAGACAACGCCAACCGCUAUCCUGACGUCGUGCUGACUGAUUUCGGAAGUGCACAAGAGUUGCCGAAUAGGUCAACUCCUGGCGUCAAACACCAAUUUUGGGGUACACAGCAGGAUGACAGCCGGGAUCUAGGCCGUGUUAUCACAUGGUUCAGCGGUGUCCGCGACAGAACUUUGCAAGAGCUCAUCAAGGAUUUAGGGAGAUUGCAUGUGCUGGCCCCAAAUGGGGCCGGCAACGUACCUACACAAAACUUCCACCUCCGGAGGGCAAUGCGAAAUCUGGUCCGCGCCGCUCAGGCAUAUCGGGUAAAUAACGCGUUCCAACCUCUACCAGCACAGCUCUUGAAAACAAUCGAUAAGCGAUGCUUAAACGAUCAGGCACUCAGGAAAGGUGUGACAAGAGUGCUUAAAUCACUUGGUGUGACGGCGUCCAGAGCCGAGAGCAACAAGCCUGAGAGACGCUCGACGAGGCAGACUAGUAAUUCGCCUGACGAGCUUAGUCAAUCACCGCAUCGUAUGCCGGGAGUGCGGACGAGAGCGCAAGCGGCUGGGAUCAAAAAGAGAAGAGCCAAGGCAAGGCGAUAA